AUGAAGCCGCUGCUGGUGUUUGGGCUGCGAGGUACGCUGCUGGAGCGCAUCCACACCAGCCGCAUCCCCCCCGGCAUGCCCGAUGGCGCCGUCACUGUCGGCAUGAGUCGCGUGUGGCUUCGGCCCGGCGCCCUCGCGACGCUGCAGGCGCUGCAGCAGCACUGCACACUCGCCCUGUGGAGCUCCACCACGGCGCGGAACACUGCGCCCAUCAUGGAGGCGAUGUUCGACGUCAGCAGCGCGGAGCCUAAGGUGCGCUUCGCGUUUGUGUGGUCGCGCGAGCACACGACGUCGGACGAGUUCCGCCGCACGAACGCGGCGUCGCGGGAGGAUCAGCACGCGACGGUGAAGGACCUGCGCGAGGUGUACCGCCGCUUCCCCGACAUCGCCACGCCGCAGAACACCGUCCUCAUCGAUGACACGCCCAGCAAGGGCAAAUGCAACGCGGCGAACUUCUUGUGGCUGGAGACGUGCGAGGAGCUGAAGAUCGAGGACGCGCAGGUGAUGCCGGCACUGCAGCGCUUCGUCGAGGAGCGGCUGCUGGCGGAGAAGGACGUGCGGCGCCUGCUGCCGGUGCGCAUUCCGUGGGACUCGUAG